CCUUCAACCAAGUUGCAUAAGACAUCAACACGUACAAUCAACUCCCACCACCACCACCACUCACCCUGAAUUGGAAAGAACACUUAUCCAAUAAGAGAAAAUAUGGGUUUUCUUUCCCAGCCAAAACCCAUCUCUUCAAUGCCAUUUCUUUGUGCAAGUUUCUUAAUUUUGUUAUACUUCUCAACCCCAUUUGCCUUUGGUGAUGAUGACACACCCUCAGCUUACGAAGUUCUUCAAGAUUAUGACUUUCCAAUCGGCAUUCUUCCUGAAGGUGUAACUGGCUACGAAUUAGACAAAGAAACCGGAGAGUUCUCAGCCUACUUGAAUGGAAGUUGUAGCUUCGCAAUUGAAAAUUCAUAUGAUCUCAAGUACAAGUCCACCAUAAAGGGUGUGAUAUCCAAAGACAGGCUCAAGAAUUUGAAGGGUGUGAGCGUUAAGGUACUUUUGUUUUGGCUCAAUAUUGUGGAAGUGGUUCGUGAUGGUGAUGAACUCCAGUUCUCUGUUGGGAUUGCUUCUGCUGACUUCACAGUUGAUAAUUUUGAGGAGUCUCCCCAAUGCGGCUGUGGAUUUGAUUGUAACAAAUUCAAUGCUUUUCUGUCCUCUUCUUAAUUAGGUGGGACAAUUAAUUGUAUUAAGGAGUAAGCAAUGCGCUGAUGCAUUGGCCAAAUUGGGAGCUACCUCCCUAUUUUGUUUUGCUGUUUUUUUGAGUUCACCGCCUGUGGUGGAUAGUAUCUUAUCCUAUGAUAAAGCUAAUAUGUGUUGUAACAAAAUAGUUAAUUCCUAGUUUUGUGCAAUUUCUAUGGUUUACAUUAAAAAAUAGAAAAGGAGUAACUAAUUGCCACUUUUUUUUCAAUACCUAA